AUGCUGUCACUAGCAAAGCAGUCGGCUCUGCGCACACUGCGCACCCAACCAGGUCCCGCGAACAGCACACUCUUAUCCAGAUCCCAGUCCAUCUCUCUCGCACGGCUACUCUCCACCCUUGCAAUCCUCGAGCAACGAGAUGGAAAGCUCAACUCCGGCUCCCUAGGUGCCGUCACGGCCGGUCAGAAACUCGGUGGCUCGGUGCAUGGUUUCGUCGCAGGGAAAGGAGCCAAAUCUAUUGCCGGGGACAUUGCGAAGGUCAAGGGUUUGGAAAAGGUGAUCGCCGUGGACAAUGAGGCUUACGACCGCGGAUUACCUGAGAACUGGGCUCCGCUGCUGGUCGAGAAUAUCAAGAAGGGCGGAUACACACAUGUUAUUGCGGCACAUUCAGCGUUCGGCAAGGGUUUGCUGCCCCGCGUCGCUGCGCUGUUAGAUGUUCAGCAGAUUUCAGACAUCAUGUCAAUUGAAAGCGAGGACACAUUCGUUCGACCAAUCUACGCCGGCAACGCCAUCCUAACUGUACAGAGUACAGAUCCCAUCAAGCUACUUACAGUACGACAGACAUCCUUCGCACCCGCCGAAACGGAUGGCGGUUCCGCCUCAGUCGAGGACGGGAUCGACACGAAAGUCGAGUCCCCCACCGAAUGGGUAUCGGAGAAUCUGGCGAAAUCCGACCGCCCAGAACUCGCAUCUGCAAAGAAAGUCGUAUCAGGAGGCCGGGGCUUGAAAUCCAAGGAAGAAUUCGACCGGCUGAUGCCACCAUUGGCAGACGCCCUGGGUGCCGCCAUUGGUGCAUCUCGAGCCGCCGUCGACAGCGGCUUCGCCGAUAACAGUCUACAAGUGGGCCAGACAGGCAAGAAUGUUGCCCCGCAGUUAUACCUCGCCGCCGGCAUUUCAGGGGCCAUUCAGCAUCUUGCGGGCAUGAAGGACAGCAAGGUCAUCGCGGCGAUUAAUAAGGAUCCCGACGCCCCUAUUUUCCAAGUCGCUGACGUCGGCUUGGUUGGCGAUUUGUUCGAGAAGGUCCCUGAGUUGACUGAGAAGUUGAAGUCUCAGUAA